AUGAGCUAUGAUAACCUUGUUAGGUCUGUACUGUUGAAACUUGGUCUGGAAGGUGUGAAGCAGGUUAAGAAGUUUUUCUAUUGCAUUCCAAUCACGGUGCUCCAGGAAACCGUGAAGUAUGGUUGUUUCACGAUCGGGAGUGAUGAGGACUUGCAGGUCAUGUUUCAUUGUCGCCGACAGUUUCCAGAAGUGAGGACACCAGAACUGUUGGCAAAGUUGGUUGAUGUGUGUAUGCGACGAGGUUACAACAGGGGAAUUUCUGCCGACCUCUUUACAGUGUGUUGCACCGCCUGGGGUUGGAGAGGAUUGUUGGGUGAUCCAGAGGACGAUGAUGUUGAGCCGAAUAUGAUUGAUGAUGACAGUGGCGAUGAUAUUGGAGAGGGGGUUCCUGGGCAGCCUGUUGGAUUUGGAGCUAGAGAUGCGGAAGGGACUGCUGGUCUGACAAAGUUACAGGUUGGUCAGCAAUUUCAGGAUAAAGAUGAGGCCCUGUUAAGUGUGAAGACUUAUAGCAUCUGCCGAGGGGUACAGUACAAGGUAGUGGAGUCUGACUAUCGCCGGUAUGUGGGCAAGUGUUCUGAGUUCGGGAAUGGGUGCACAUGGUUGAUUCGGCUGAGUCUCCGGCAGCGCAAGGGCAUUUGGGAGGUCAAAUGGUACAAUGGACCUCAUACCUGUCUUGCCACCUCCAUCUCCAGCGACCACAGGAGUUUGGAUUAUCAUGUGAUAUCGGCAUUCAUUAUGCCAAUGGUUAGGGCUGAUGCAUCCGUCAGCAUCAAGGUGCUCCUAAAUGCCACGGCCGCACACUUUGGGUUUAGGCCGACGUACAGGAGGGUCUGA